UAAAAAAAUAAAAACCCAGAAAUACGAUCGAAGAGUGAAGUGAUUCACUGGUAUCCAAUCCUCACUAAACGAUGCUGUGUUUGAGAACUCACAUAUCAUUUUCAUUUCGUCCCUCUUCAUUUCGUGUCCCUUGUUCAUCUCCAAAACAGCUCUCACUUCAGGUUCGAUCCUGGCCGUCUAGAUCUUCAAUCAAGACAAUGUCAACUCAAUCCCAAACCGUUGAACACAUCGUGCUCUUCAAGGUAAAAGAAGACACCGAACCCUCAAAAGUAACUGCCAUGGUAAACGGACUAAGCUCCCUUAUUUCAUUAGAUCAAGUCCUCCACCUUACCGUAGGCCCUCUCCUACGCAAUCGCUCCACCUCAUUAACCUUCACUCACAUGCUCCAUAGUCGCUACAAGUCCAAAGAAGAUCUCGAAGCUUAUGCCGCACACCCUAGCCACGUCAGCGUCGUUAAAGGAAACGUCCUUCCAAUCGUAGAUGACAUCAUGGCCGUUGAUUGGAUCGCUGAGGAUCUUAAUGCUGACGUCGUUCCGAAACAGGGUUCGGCGAUUCGCGUCACGUUUUUGAAAUUGAAGGAGAAUGCGGUUAGCGACCAAGUGUUGGAGGUUAUAAAAGGAAUUCCGGAAAAAUUUGAACAGAUUAAUCAACUCAGUUGUGGGGAGAAUUUCUCGCCGGCGAGAGCUAAGGGUUAUUCGAUUGCUUCGUUAGCGGUUUUUCCGGGAGUUAGCGAGUUGGAAGCGGUUGAUUCGAAUCAGGAGUUGGUGAAUUAUCAGAAGGAUAAGGUUAGGGAUCGUCUUGAUAGUGUGCUUGUGGUUGAUUAUGUGGUGCCGGCGGUGGCUUCUCAAUCUGCAAGCCUUUUAUGAUGAGUGUACUGUUGUCUCUCAAUUUUAAACUCUUCUAGAUGCAGUUUCAUGGUAAAUGUUUGUAGCUAGGGUGUUCACUCGAUGAAUCCGAUCAUCCAAUGUAAUCUGAAGUGUUUGAUUUGGGAUUUUUGUUAUAGUUUGGGUCUAAUUUAAACCAACACAGUCAGAAUUGGGAACCAAGGUGGUUUGGGUUGAAGUAAGAGGUGUUAAGCAUGACUCAUAGAUACUAUUAAAUUGGUAGGAUCAACGAGCUAGGUUGGUUCGGGUUUGACAGAUAUUUUGUUUUUGUUUUUUUUAGCACUGAAUCGAUAAAUUUUAAUUGGAACUAGUGAUGGGGUGUGCACCUCUGUUUGUAGCUAGGGAGUUUGUUUCACAGUUGAAAAUUCCACUCUCAUGAAUAACUUUUAUGAUAAAUAAUAGCAGGAAUUUGAUUUCUGGAUAUUUUAUAAAA